UUGAUUAUUUGCGUCAGGUAUGCUUGAGACAACACCUGUUUUUAUAUUUGUGCUGUUGUGAGGGAUUCUAUUCAGGGGAUUGAGUAAUUUUGAAACAGGAGAAGUCGUUAUAAGUUGCAUUUUCAGUUGAAUUUGGGGAAACCACUUGAAGCAUUUGUUGUGUUGAACUUUUUCAAUUACUUUUGUUUGAUUUGUUCAUUGCAAACAGCUGAAAAUCUGCAAAUUUUGACAAUAAACCUGAUUUGCAAUGAGGGUUGAAUAAUUUUAAUUGCAACUGUGUACUAAAAGGAUUUGUUUUAAAUAAAUCACGUAGAUGUAACUCAACAGUUUCCAUACAGCAUCAACCUUUUCACUUUCUGUUUGAUCAGUUCCACAACUGGCUUAACCUGAUCUAACUAGAAUUUACAUUUAUGGCAUUUAUCAGCUGCUCUGUAGAAUGACUUGGAGACUCAUGUUUUAUAGUCUCCGUCAAAAAAAAAUCUAGUAAAAAUGCUAGUAAAAUUGUCAGGGUCUAUUAAGCUGAAUCCUGUUAGAGAGGAGUACCAGUAGGUAAAUUUAUGGAGUCAGGUUAUUGAAUUUCUUCCCUUCCAAGCUCUCUGUUGCUUUAUUUUGCUUAGUUCUUGGCUCUUGGUGAAUUCUUGGCGCAGUAUUUUGGCUACCACUUCACUGCAGACGAAAGUGGUAAAGCAUCUGAGUUCAGUAAGAAUGGAAAAUCUUAAAGUUCCUGUUUUAUCCCAUCCUGUACAUUACAUUACAUGGCAUUAUGUAAUGGAUCAUUUGACUACAACUGACUUUUCAGAUGAGAGUCCAAGACUGUAAUGUUGCACUUUUUGGACAAUUUGUAUACAAAAAAAGAAAGCUAAAUUUAAUUUAUCACUUUAGUUUUGCUCUGUAGAAUGUCUUCUAAUAACGUGAAUGAGUAAUAACUAUACAGAGAACUCGAUGGUUUGACAGUUUCCCACAUCAAAGGGAGAUACGUGUUGAUACGUGUUGAUGUUUGGUUUCAUGCAGCAUGCAAUUAAACAAAGGUUUGUAGAGAUGAAAAAUUUAGGGUUGAAACUCUUUAAAAACAAAGAUGAUCACAUUAUGGUUGAUCAGAAAUAUGGCACAAGAAAAAGGUAUUCAAACUUCUGUGUGUAGUGCAUGGGUAAAUUGCAAAAAUGACUCAAACAUAAAGAUCAGUGGGCCAGCACUAGAUUUAAAAAAAAAAUUUUUUUUAAAGCAUUUACUUUUUUGUUUUGUUUGCCAGUCCAAAAACAGAACAUGUGACAUUUCUGCAGCACUAAAGCUCUGUCCUUUGGCUCAGUUUGCAGUUUGAGGUUCAGUUUAGCAGCUCAUAUUGACACGAUCUACACUCCCAUCCUCAGGGCACAAGGGCUCGCUGAAUGGUUUUAUGAGGAUGAAAAUGCUGUAGAUCAUAUGCUGUGGCAUUAAUAAUGAGCAGAUUUUAACCCCAUUAAACACCUUUGUGAGAUUUUGGAGCGACGUGUUAGACAGUGUUCCCAAACAUCAUUUAAAACACCAGUUGAUCUUUUGGUAGAUGUUUUAUACUGUUUAUACUUCCACAUUUGUUUAUAUUAUCUAAUAUACUGUUAUUAAUAUGAUUGUGCUGUACAAGCUGUCUACUCAGUAAAACGUAGCUUUAUGCAGCCUUAAUCCCAAACUUGAUUAAUCUCUUUUAAUCUUGGACAUUCAUUCUUCAUGCAGGUCGACCAGUUUUUAGAAUAAUCCAAGUGACCAAGUUAGUUAUGGUGGAGCUGAAUGUGCCAAUAUACUGGUUAAAAAUGAAAGGCUCAAAACAUCCCUUUGAAUGAAACUCUCUUCCCAUGCAGGAGUUCUUCUCUGCUAUCAGGUCUUGGGAAGAUUUAGAGAAGCCUCAGCAUUGAUUUGGUACAGGGCCAGCAGGUCUACGGUUAAUGUCUCUUUGGCAACAAAACCACAAAACUUUGGUUUCUUGUUGAUUGACCCAUCUGCCACAGCACAGGUUUCUGUUCAUGUGCCUACACACACAGUGACACAAUUACAGACUCUGCUGAUGUUAGAAGCAGGUUUGCAGAUUUAGAAGAUUGGUCAGAUUCAUGUGUUUUGGUAAAUUCACCUGUGCCUGUUCAAGUACAUUGCUUGUUCUUGGGAAACUCAGAGAUUGUGAUGCUGUAAGACCCCUAAAUGAGAAUUUGAAAAAGCCUCCAGUUCUUGCAACUGAAAAACAACAUAAGUAGGUUACAGAAUGACAAAAGCUGUCACAGUCUGUGCUGAGACAUUGAAACAAUUUGAUGAUUGCACUAGUUGGCUACCAAAUAGCAAUCUGUUUACACAUUAGUCAGUGACCUGUUCUCAACCUUUCUUCAGUGGAUAACCUCACCUAGAUACUGUUGAUUGGUGCAUAAAAUUAUUGCUAUAGUCAUAAAGACUGUCCUGUGCUCACCACAGAACUUCACAAUAUGUUAGAAUAAUAAUGAUUCAAAAUCCCACUAUCCAGCUGGGUUCCCUUUCACAGUUUCUCUCAAGGUUUCUUUUUCCUUCCUAUUGUGGCCUCUGACUUGCUUAAAUCUGCUUUGUUACAAUGUCACAUUUUUUAAUAGUAUAGAAAUGGAAUUGAAGAAAAGGGUAAAACAGCCAUUGUACAUGCUGUGCUUUAGUUUAACUGGUUUACAGGAGAUGGCACCAUCUCUCCAGUCAGUUUAUGAGUAACACGUGUACACCUGCAAUUAUCCAAUCAGCCAAUCAUGUGACAGCAGGGCAGUGCAUAAAAUCAUACGUAUACAGGUCAAGCGCUCUAGUUAAUGUUUACAUCAAACAUCAGAACAUGGAACUUAAAAACAAUAUAAGUACUUUCUAGUGCAAUCAUCAAAUUGUUUCAAAGUCCCAGCACAGACUGUGACAGCUUUUGUCAUUCUGUAACAACACAUUGAUAUCAGUGACUGUGUCAUGGUUGUUGGUGCCAAUGGUUUGAGUAAUUCAGAAACAGUCUCUAGAAUAUGGGUGGGCAAUCUUAUCCGGAAAGGGCCGGUGGGGGUGUAGGUUUUCAUUCCAACCAGUCAGGAGCCACACCUGAUUCCACCUGUUUACUCAGUUGAUCUUGGCUUUCAAUUGAUUCAAGUGUGGUUUCUGCUUGGUUGGAAUGAAAACCUGCACCCACACCGGCCCUUUAGAUAAGAUUGUUCACCCCCGCUCUAGAACGUAGACAGAAUAGUGGUAAAAACAGCAAACAAAAAACAUUCAGUAACUGACAGUUCUGCAGGCGUGAAUGCCUUGUUGAUGAGAACGCACUCUACAACUGUGGUGAGCAGAAAAACAACUCAGAAUGCACAUCGAACAUUGAGGUGGAUGGGCUACAACAGGAAAAAGACCACACCCGAUUCCAGUUCUGUCAGCCAAGAACACUAAUCUGAGGCAACGGUGUACCGAGGUUGAUUAAAACUGGACAUGUGAAAAUGGGGGGAAAUAUUGCUUGGUCCAAUGAGCUUGAAUUUCUGCAGAUGUCAGCAGCAUUAAUCCUUGGCCCCAAUUUGCCUUGUAUCAACAGUUCAGGCUGGUGGUGGAGGUGAAGUUAUGGUGUGGGGAAUGCUUUCUUGGCACACACUAGGCCCCUUAAUACCAGUUGAGCAUCGUUUGAAUGCCACAGCCUAUUUGACUAUAGUUGCUGACCAUGUGCAUUUGUUUAUGGUCACAGUUUACCCAUCUUAUAAUGGCUACUUCCUGCAUGAUAAAACACAAGUCAUCUCAAACUGGUUCCAUGAACAUGACAAUAAGUUCAGUGUACUUUAAGGGUUGCCCCUGUCACCAGGUCGGAAUCCAAUGCAGAUUCGCAGCAUGAAUGUGCCGCUGACAAAUGUGAGGCUCAACAUGGGUCUGAAUCUCAAAGGAAUGUUUCCAGUAUCACAUGGAGUUUUUCCCAUGAAUAAUUGAGGCUGUUUUGAGUGUAAAGUGAGGUCCUGCUCAGUAUUUGUUAGCUGUUAGCUAAAAAUUGGCUGGUGAGUGUGUAAACAACUGCAUAUUAUUGCGCAUAUCAAAUCAAAAUCGAUAUUACUACAUUCUACAGUGCAGCUCAAUUCCCGGUAACACACAAAUAAACACAUAGAUAUGACCGCUUGUGCACCCGUUGUGUGGUCUCUCAGUGCAUAUGCUGAUUCUCAGAAAGCUGCAGGAAGAAAGGUAGCAGAGUUUGUCUGUAUUUAGGUGUGGGUGUAUGUGGGAGUGUACAGUGUUUUUGUUUUUUACUACGCCUAUCGGUUUGAUUUUAUGCUUAUUUACCAGGUAUUUCUGUGCUUUUUUUUGGAUUAAUGUAGAAUUUUGACGAGGCAUUACCAUUGAAGCAUGCUUUGCUUAACACGCAUUUGCAGGUGGGCAUGCAACACACACACACAGACACAUAUUCAAAGAUGAGACUGUGACUCAGGAAGUAAAGACUGAGACCGUUAAAGGUAGAGCGUGGUUAAACUGAGCUGUUUUUCUUCCUUGCCAUGUUGAUCAGCGAUUGUUGUUUAUCUUCUUUCAGCAUCCACACACUGGUCUACUCCAUUGAUUUCUGAAGUGGAUGCCGAAAUGCUGACUUGCCUUUUAUGGCCAGAUAUAUGGUUUAAGAGCUAGCAAUCUCAGCACUAGGAGGUCAGUUUGGGUAGAAAAAUAGCAGGCCGCGUGUGGAACAGCGCUUCUGAAACAGACAUGGAGGGUUGCUACGACCACAAGAGGUUAAUCUCCAUGCACAACUAGCCAUCUAGCCCUUUUUGCUGAAUCAGUAGAUAUUAACAGGACAGAGUAUCCUCUCCGUCACCUAAAGUCAUAAAGACGUUUCGAUGCAAAACCCAGCUGAUUUGCUCCUACAAUGAGUGCAGCUUGCAUGUAAUUACCGAGCUGAAAAUAAAGUGUGAACCUGCUACGUCUUCCAUUUCCAUUUCGUUUCUACCUCCUUCUGAUGUGGAGGUCAUGGAGGCUAGGUUCGGUUUGGGCUGAGGCAUCUUCCUUUCUUCUCCCCUCGAGAGAGGGGUAGGAGAUUGGUUGCUGCCUGGUUUAUAGGAAACAGCCACAUUGCUUGUUAAGCAAACUGUACAGACAACGCAAAGGACUAUCUAUACGGAGAUGAAGUCGUGCCAGACGCGGAAGGGAGAGACGAUAAAGGAAGCCAUGUCACAGGAGGAAGGGUCAAGGACGCAUUCCACACAGACCUACUACCAUCAUACCUCUCUAGCAGACAGCGACCUAUCACCAAAGCUCUACAAGCAGGAGGGAGUGUCCAAGCCCUAUUCGGUGCUGGUGGACAACAAGAUGCCCACCAAAGCGCUGGCUCCUGACCUCGAACCCAGUCCGGCUCCUCUUCAGCAUUACUACAAAGAAGCUUCUGGAACCGCUGGAGCCGAGGGAGGGGUGAAGACCAAAAAUGACGGGACGUCUGAUGACACAGAGGAGGAAGAAGAAGAAGAAGAAGAAGAGGCGGAGGAGUUCAAGCGAGCACAGAUCAUUGUUGAGGUGAACCUGAACAAUCAGACCUUGCACGUUUCCAAAGGAGACAAGAGCAUCCCUGCAGGAGAGGUGAAAAGUGACAGCGAAGAGGAAGAAGAGGAAGAGGAGGAUGAGGAAGAAGAAGAGGAGGAGGAGGAGGAAGAUGAGGAAGACGAUAGUAUAGAAGAGGAGAGUGUCGAGGAGGACCCUGACGAUGAGGAGGAAGAGGAAAACGAGACCCGGAGGACGAGAUCCAAGCGGGCACGCACAAAGAGUCACCACGUCACUGCAGCUACAGGCUCCAUUGGAGUAACCACAAGGGGGCGGAGAAAGAGCGCUGAAGCCCCGCCUCAGAAGCGCAGGUCGGCGCGGGAUGGAAGGAGCUCUGGUCCAUCUGCUUCAGGAGGAGGGAGGGAGGGUGAGGAGCGUGGAACACUGGCGUGUGAGAAAUGCCCACGCGUGUUCAACACCCGCUGGUACCUGGAGAAGCACAUGAACGUCACACACCGGCGCAUGCAGAUCUGCGACAAGUGCGGCAAGAAGUUCGUGCUAGAGAGCGAGCUGGCCCUGCACCAGCAGACUGACUGCGAGAAGAACAUCCAGUGUGUGUCAUGUAAUAAAUCUUUCAAAAAGCUCUGGUCGCUUCACGAGCACAUUAAGAUUGUCCAUGGCUAUGCCGAGAAGAAAUUCGCCUGUGAGAUAUGUGAGAAGAAGUUCUACACAAUGGCUCAUGUUCGCAAGCACAUGGUCGCUCACACUAAGGACAUGCCGUUUACAUGUGAAACCUGUGGAAAGUCCUUUAAGCGCAGCAUGUCCCUAAAGGUGCACUCACUUCAGCAUUCAGGAGAGAAGCCUUUCCGUUGUGAGAAUUGUGAUGAGCGUUUCCAGUAUAAGUAUCAGCUGCGGUCUCACAUGAGCAUCCACAUUGGACACAAGCAGUUCAUGUGCCAGUGGUGUGGCAAAGACUUCAACAUGAAGCAGUAUUUUGAUGAGCAUAUGAAAACACACACAGGUGAGAAGCCAUUCAUCUGUGAAAUCUGUGGGAAGAGUUUCACCAGUCGACCCAACAUGAAGCGUCACCGGCGCACACACACCGGAGAGAAGCCUUACCCGUGCGAAGUGUGCGGUCAGCGCUUUCGCUUCUCCAACAUGCUCAAGGCGCACCGAGAGAAGUGCUUCCGGGUCACGAGCCCCAUGACCCAACAGCCUGCCAGCAUGCCCAUCUCUGUUCAUCUCACUGGCCACACCCCUUCUCCUUCUGGCCACACCUCCAGCCCACCACUACCCUCUCAAGGCACAUCCACUGCAGCAGCCGUGGGCCCAGGAAUGAUUGCUUCCGGAAUCAUCGGACAUGGUUUUUCCCAUUUGCACAUGCAGGCCACGCCCACGCAGCACCACCAAACCCAUUUGCAUCACCCUGGGCAUGCUCCUAUGACGAGCCACGCCUCUCCGCACCAGUCCGUGCCGUCCUCUCUCCUGCCGUCUCCCCCUGCGCUAUUUAAAAGUGAGCCGAUCAACCACUGCGCCCAUGAGGACGUGUACCUGAGGCCAGGCUCCACACAGCAGCACUAAAAAUAACCACACAGAUCCGCCAGCUGUUCACUCACACACACAGAUAGUGUGUUCAGGGGUGUAUGAGGGAAGCUCAGCAAAACAUUUGUGUGUGUGUGUGUGUGUGUGUGUGUGUGUGUUUGUGUUAGAGAGAAGCAUAUAUGUAAGUGCUGAUUGUGCAUUUCAUUGCUGGGAAGCGAUCAUGUGAUCAGAGAGGAUGUUAAAGGCUGGUGACCUCCGUGAACUUUCUCUCAAGUAAUUAUAAGCAUUAUUUUACACCUCAUAUACUGAUAAGGAAAAAUUCCACUUGCAUCAUAAUGAUGAAAACACGCCACUGUGUGUGAGCCAGCACACCUUCAGUCUCUUUCCUUUCCCUCUCUCUCUCUCUCUCUAUCUCUCUCUCACUCUCUCUGUCUCACAUUCUGUAUGUUUCUUUAUCCCUCUCUCACUUUCUCUCUAUCUUUCUCCCCUCACUUUCUAUCUGUUCCUCGCUCCCUGAGUGUCUCUCCUCUCUCUCAUCUCUCUUGUCUCCCUCACUGUCUCACUCUCUUACCCACAUUCUUUAUACCCCUUUUCCCCCUCUGUCUUUCUUGCUGUCUGACUGUUUUGCCCUCCCUUGUUUUAUCCUCUCUCUCUUUCUCUCUCUUUCUCAUGCUCUUUCUCUCUGGCUGUCUCUAUUUAUCCACCUAUCUCAGUCUCACACAUUCUGUGUCAGUUUCUUUGUCCCUCUGUCACUUUCUCUCUAUGUCUCUCUCAUCUUUUUGUCUAUCGUCUCUCUCUGUCUCACUCUCCAUCUUUUUGUCUCUCAUAACGUAUCCAGCUGCUGCUGCCAGGUUCUACGGGUUCAACACAAUUACUUGUAAAAGCUCUAAAUUCACUUUUGAAUAAUGCAGUUUAGCCUUCUCUAUAUGGAAGUACACAUUUGACAUAAACACUUGUAUGUGUGUGUGUGUGUGUGUGUGUGUGUGUGUGUGUAUGUCUAGAAACUUACACAUGCAGACUUUUAGGCACUUAAACUCAUAGAUAAUGUAACGCACUCAUAUACUUUUUUCAUGGUCAUCAGAUUUAUUGUGCGUUAUUGAAACCUUUUUUUUUUUUUGGGUGCUGAUGGCUUUGGGGAGUGUUCUGGAUGAGGACUCGUGGAUGUAUUCAGGCAAAACUUUUUAGGGGAAAAGAGACUGUUAAGAAAUGAUGUCGUGUCAUAAAAGACUUUUAAAAAAACAUAAUUCAUUAAUUAUGUUCUGUAUCAUCUAACCCACUUACCACAUAUUCUUAUUUGUAAACAUUACUGUUUUUAAGAGGAAUUUUUAUGUGCGUGUGCAUUAAUGGGCUUAAAAAAAAAGAGGUUUAUUUGUAUUUGUUUAUUCAGAUGAAUGUGGGCGCUAUGGGUGCCAUAGCGUGCGGCAGUGAGUGUGUGAGUGUGUACUUGUUCUGAUUGUCAUUACACCUCGGGAGGUGCUGCAUUGAAAGCUGCUUCUCUGUCUUUUAUGUGACUAUCCAUCGUGUGUGUGUAUGGGUGUGUGUGUGUGUGUGUGUGUGUGUGUGUGUGUGUGUGUGUGUGUGUGUGCCCAUUUUUAAAGUCUAUUUUGUUUCUGUUCUCUGCACUUUACUGCUGCAUUACAGAUUUGAGCUGAAACUGACAAGACUUUGUUAAUUAUGUCUAGCAAGUGAGAGUGUGUUCGUGUUCGUGUGUGAGAUGGUCAGCUUUUGGAAAAGGAGGAGAAUCACAUCUAAAGAUGGACCUCGAUUUUAACUUUCGCAGAACUUCAUUUAUUUUAUACUUUAAUUGAUUUCUUUUUCUUACUGUAGAGACAGGGUAGAGAUGUUUCAGUCAUGUCUAACUUUUCUGUUUACUGAUUGUCCUCCUUUUCUUACGGUUGAUAGAAUGCACUUUCUACGUAAACCUUUCUAGUUAAGAAAUAUGAAGCCCAUGUUUAAUGUAUACUCUGGAGUGAUUUAAAGCAGAGGAAUGAACCCUUCUCUGUUUCUACCACUCGAGUGUAGCAGCGCGUGAUUGCAUCACUGUAUGGUACUCAGAUGCGUGGCUUUGCCAACUUCCAAUGGCUUUUUUUUUGUUGUUGUUUUUUUUUUUGUUGUUUUUUUUUGUUUGUUUUUUUGGGGGGAUUGUGUAUGAGAACAGACGACAGACAUGUAUUACAGGCCUUUUUUUAUAAUGCUCAUUUAACAUACUUUCUGAUAACUUUAGGAAGUAAAGAAAUAAUAAUAAGUAGCCACAUUUGUAACCUUAUUAGUCAUCAUUUCUAAUAUUUUUUUUUUUAAUGAAAUGUGAAGUUUGUCUUAUGUUCAGGGUGUGUGUGUUUUUAUAAUCAAUCCAGCUCCUGUUUUUGACCCUUUGACCCUUUUCUGUCUAGUCCACAGAAUCACAGCUGUUCCACAUGAUUGUGUUGAGGUUAAAAGAGUGAUUAGAUUACAGAAGUGUUAGCGAAAAUAAGAUCACUUCCUUCAGGGAAUGUUCACUUUGACAAAUCACAAUGUUCUGAGAAUACGCAAUCCCUGAUACUUUGAAUGAUCAAAGGCCAACAAACCCAUACCUCAGGUAAGUGAAGAACAGUAUUAUAAUUCUGCAGUGUGAUAAAGGUAUCUGUGGUUGUUGACAAGUUUAAGCAUCGUUCGCACUUUCAGCACUGUUGUGGAUGGACAUACGUACAGCAUUUUAUUGAACUAAACAGAUAUGAAUACAGAUAAGAAUAAGAGGUGCAUUAUUGUUGUUUUCCUUAAAUCUGGUUAACCCAAGAGUGGUGUAUCAGACUGGGACUCCUGUUUAAAUUUUGGGGAAAUAGAAUGAAUAAUAAUUGCAUAAGCAUGAUUAAAAACCAGUAUUGCUCACAGCUAUUGAUAAGAUCAAUUAUGAACCUGAGUGAUGUAGCUGAGGUUGAGGAACUGUCAGAGCCAGAUUCAACACACCAUACUGACAGUGCUGACACAUCUACCUUUUGGGAUUUAUUUCCCCAGUGUUUCCAGGACAGCGUGGUAGGUUCAUAUUUAAAUUCUGAAAAAAAUGUAUUCUGGUUUAGUUCACGCCUAUGUCUGGGUUAAAUACAAAUAAACUUGGAAGCUGUAAUACAUUUACAGAAGUAAUUUUUCAGAACAUUGGUUAUAUGUAUGAACAAAACAUAUAUAUAUUUUUCCCCCAAUUUGUUCACCUGUGAUGUAAAUAUUUUCCUAUCCACCAGCCAGCUCUUGUUUGUCAUACGCCAUAUAACAACCAGGAAGACUGAAGUCUAACAC